AACAGUUUUGCAAAACGUUUGGAUUAGUAGCAAACUACACGAUUAGCUGUGUUAAAAUUAAAAUCGUGUGGAAUUGAGGAGUAACUCAAUGUGUUGCUCGAUUUUUUUUAGCUAGCAAGUCGUUGGAAAUAGCUUUAGCUAUUCAACUAGGCUAACGUUAGUGAAAGUAAACAAACCAAGAAACCCAGCUACUACUACUAGCUGAUGUGUCAUCAAGGCGCUUUGCUGAAAUAGACUUAAAAGUGAGCUAGCUAGAUACUCGGUAUUCAUAUGUGUGUCUCCAUGAGAGGUGGCUAAACUAUGUGACAUAGCGACAUUUAUUUAUUUGUAAAUGUAUCCCUCACUUCUUCUGUGCAUGAUAGAAACCUAACAAUGCAGUGCAACAAUGUGACAACUAUCCCCAAAGGGCUACUGCAGCUUCGAGACAGUUUGAGUAGCAUGAUGGACAGCCUGUACAAAGACCCCAAGGUGGCAGCGCUGAUGAACACAUCAAUGGGGCAGUACCUCAAUGGCCACCCAUUCUUAGCCCUGGCUGUGUUGGUAUUUGGCUCCAUGGCCACUGUACCCAUUGGGAUUUUCCUGACCUUUGCCACUGUUACAUUCAUUGGUGCCACUGUGGGUUUCGUUUUAUUGGAGGUGUUUCUGCUAUCCCUAGGAGGGGUCAGUCUGCUGUGUGUGCUCUCUGCUCUGGCCAUCCUCUCCAUCCUGGUCUCCUUGGUCCUCGGUGCCUGUUACAUUACCUCUUACAAUGUGCUCAACUUCUACUACAGCCAGCGGUAUCAAAACACACAGCCUGGAUGUCAGUAGGUACCGAGUCACUAGGUUGGAGCCUGCGACAAAUAUAACAGUCAUGGAAC